GUAAAACCACUGGCUGAAAAGAAACUGAAACCAUUUCCCAGAAAUAAACACGAGAAAAAAAAUUUCACAUAAAAAAGUUAGUAAUAUGUUUCCCUGAGUCACUAUAUAUGUGAACCUCAAUAAUCAAGUAUCCGCUCUUAAAGAUUCAGAUUCUCAAUAGAGAGAAAGAGAGAGAAAUGGCUUUCACGAUUUCCAGAUCUCAAUCUGCUUUGACAGAUAGAGAGAAGGAGAAUCUUGACAACUUAGUUGACAAGGAGUGUGCAACCACAGAGGGUAUGAUAUCGAGCCAGCUCAAGUUGAAGUCUUCUUUGUCAUCCAAAGCGUCUUCUCAUCAAAGCAUGGACAAACAUGCAAUCCUUCGACGUAUCAGGCAACGCAGGUUUAAUAACAAAGCCAAAACCGCUCUGGAAGCUCUCAUAGGCACCUCAGAAGCCAACAAUACCGGCACUGCCCAAGAACAGAAGUGGCUUCAACUGGGUGACUCUUUCUCAUCUCCUUAACUGGAAACACAAUCUCCCCCCAGUUUGCAACCCAUCUAUAAAUACCCUCUUUAGUUUCCUUCACCCAACAAAGUCAUCUUUUCCAUACGCUUGCAUGGCUAGGAAAGGAAAUCCAACCCGAUCUUUAUCGGCAUGCUUAAGAAAUCCCACUAUGUAUCUAUUAACUGUAGUAGACCUUGUCGGUUUGCUACUUUAGGUGUGACCUUGUGAAUACCACGUUCAAUUGUUAUAUAAAUAUAUUAUAUUAUGAUGUUAUAUAUCUAAUAUGGAAAGUCUAAGCUUUGUUUUGCAAGUAUAUCAUCACCCAUCACUAUCAGGUUGGCAAUCCUUGGAAACCUUUGUUUGCUACUUGGAUCGGUUUGAUCCACAGACAAUUAGUUUUUAUUUUGUGUCACAAAAA